AUGGAGAACGGACCCCAGAUUCUGGAGACGCCAAUCUGGCUCCUCGGAGCUCGCAUUGCUCAGGCUGUGCUCGCCCUCAUUAUCAUGGCCAUGGCUGGUGUGCUCAUGCACGGUGCCUACCUCGACGUGCAUGGCCUCUGCGUAGCCACUGGCCUGUUCACCUGGAUUGUCGUCGCUUACAACAUCCUGAGUGAGAAGCUCCCCGCGCUUCACAAGAUCUACAAUGUCAUCGCCGUCAUUGCCCUCGACGGUUUCAUGAUGAUUUUGUGGCUCGCUACCUUCGCCGCCACUGCUGCCAAGCGCGCAAGCUUUAUUUACAACGUCAACGUCAACUCAUGCUACAACGACGGCAGCCUGAUCAACUCGACCACCUGCGCCAAGCGCUCCCUCGUUACCCGUGCCACUCUUCUUUUCAAGAGCGGCCAGGCCAUGAUGUCCGCCAACGCUGGUCUCGGCGCCCUUGUCUGGCUUCUCUUCAUUGCCACCUUCACCUGGACCAUGGUCUUCUUCUUCAAGGGCCGCAAGGAGGGCCGCUUCCUCUUCGACACCGAGGCCCCCGCCUUGCAGAUGGAGACCAAGAACCAGCCCCAGGCCGCUUCUCAGGUUCAUCCCGUCCCCGUCCAGCAGCCCCUCCAGCCCCAGCAGACCGGCGGCUACGAGAAGAACGACUUCCAGACCCAGCAGACCGCCUACCAGCCUCCCGCCAGCUACCCUCCCCAGGGCCAGUACCCCCAGCAGCCCUACCAGCCCGCCGUGAGCCCCCAGCCGACCCCCUCGCCCGCACCCGCCGGCUACCCAGCCCAGGAGCUCUACGGCCAGCAGCCUCAGCAGGGCUAUUACCCUCCUCAGAGCAGUGAGCUGUCCGCCGCUGAUGGACAGAACCCCUACUACCCUGCGCAAUCGCCCCCUCCCCAGCAGUACCAGUACCCUCCUCAUCCUCCCCCGCAGUAA